AUGGAAUACGAAAAGCUAUUGUUUGAACUUCAGCCCAUUAUUGAAGCUAAUACUGUGGCUGAAGUACCCCUAGAAGAGGCCUAUGUUGAAAGAUAUAUCAAGGUAUUGGAUGAACUGGCAGUACACCUUCGCUCUGAAUCUAAUAGACGAUUAAUAUUGGAAACGGGGUUCUUGAAGGAACUAUUUAAGAAGACUGCUAUGGUAUUAGACGAAGCUUUGAAAGGACAAGAUUCAUUGUUUUUACGGAUGUCAUCAGAGAUGAUUCGUUGUAUUGCUAAUAGCUUUGUCGAUAAUGAUGAGAACCGUAAUGCUUUCAUUAGCGGGGAUAUAAGUAAACCUAACGCGAUUCUGGACGAGAAUGUUCGAAAAAUUCUUGAGCUCGAUAUACAUGAGACGUUCGUUACAGAACUGCAGCUGCGGACUGUUGCUCUAGUUCGUAACUUCUGUUUGGGCAAUGAAGAAUAUGUUAAACGUUGUUCUUUGAACGUGACCGGUCCCUUACUAAGAUUAUUGGAGAAAGAGUCAUACGAUAUUUUUGGAGAGGAAAGUACAUUGUUACAGUUGGUUUUGGCAUUGCUAAGUGAUUUGGUUGAGUUUUAUGCCGAGCACAUAAAUAUUUCAAAUGUUGAACAAUUGGCUAAGUUAUUGGUAAGGUUUGCAGACGCCGUUGAAUCUGUAAGCGAAGAGUUUCCGUACGAAAAAGAAGAGGAAGAAGAAGAAGAAGAAGAAGAAGAAGAUGAUGAUGAUGAUGAAGAAGAAGAAGAUAAAGAAAAUGUUGAGCAAGAAGAAGCAGAUGAGGACGAAGAAGUUGCGGACGAUCCAAUAACGGAGGAACUUUUUAAUCUAACCAGAGUGUUAGAGGAUUCCCUUGACAGAAACGAUUCGCUAGACUUCUCUGACCCAAUCAGAUGUGGCGCUUUGCAGCGAAAGUUCUUGGAAGCAUUAGACAUACUAUACAAUAAGGCUUUCAGUAACAAACUGAUCAUAAUGAGAAGAAUCACGUCUUUUGUAGGUUACGUUUCCGCUAAUAAGACCAAUACGAACAUCGAAGACAGAGAAAUGUGCUACGCGGUAGCAAAAAACUCUGAAAAUGAGUAUGCAAUUUCAGCAGCGUUGUUUGUGUUAUCAAACUCUAUAUCUGGAAGGAAGGACGUGGAUGAGUUGCUUUCACAUAUUUCGCUGCGCGAUUUAAUAAAAUGCACCUCUACACUCAGAGAUCCGUUUGUCUACCAGAGUUUCUUGGAUAUUUUUAAGAAAUGUUUGAAUCUCGUCUCCAUUGUUGAUUUAAAGGAUGAUGACUAUUCUCAGUUAUUUAAGGUACUCAAAUCGGUCAAUGAACAAUGCAAAUAUUACACAAAUUUAUCUCCCCUACUUGAAGCUACACUCAAAAAAAUUUUGGCCACCUUUAGCAGCCAAGCGUUGAUGUCGCAGCCAGAUCUAUUCGAGGUCGUUUUGAAUAGCGGAGGCGUCCCAGUGUGUCUGCUAUUGGACAAAUUGAGUAAAAAACGCGAAACUGUACCUAAAGAACAGCUCGAACAGCUCAUUGACGCGUUAUUACAGUUUAAUGACCCAUCUUCUGAGAACCAAGGCGUAUCCAUACAGUAUCUAUUCCAUGUCACAAAAUCCCUUGGAAUUUAUGUUCAUGGUAGCCAACCUCAAGAGAUCGACGAGCUAUUGGGACGUUAUGCUGAUAAGCUGAAGAUCCUACUGGACUCUGUUCAACAGUUGCGAGACAACGAUGAUUCAGGUUCAAAAAGCGUCUUGAAUAACGCUAGAUUUACUUGUGGCUUACUAAUCGAGCACGCCAAGACGCCAACAGCGUUAAACAAUGAGCCCAGUUAUCAAGCCCUUAUCUCUCUUUGUAAGAAUAUGUUGUAA